UCAACAGCGAAGAUCAGUCUGAUUUUGAAAGCAAGAAACUCCGAUAUGUCUAGAAAGUGCCCAACAUGCGACAAAACUGUUUAUAUGGGUAAGAAAUUGAUGGGCUAACACUUUGUGAUCUGCACUCGUUACCUCACGACUUUGACAGCCGUUGAUCGAAGGUUUAUUUCUUUCAACCGUUGCUGAUUUUUUUGGGGUAACUUUUACAUAAGGUCCAUAAGGUACACUGAAAACUUGGCACGAAGUUUGCUUUUAUAAUUGACGGAUGAUUCAGUUGUUGCUUUCUUGUUUCAUGUUGUCCAGCGAUUGUGCCCUAGGUUUUUUAUCUACUUGUAUAAUUGCGAAAAUCAAAGAAAUGGAUGCGAUCUGUCAUCCUCGUGUUAUUCUGACAGGUGAAAAAAAAGAAUCGCUUGGAAAUUGGUACCAUCCUUUGUGUCUUAAGUGCAGAAAAUGUGGACGGCAACUGGCAGUGGGCAACCACGCGGAAGUAAGCUUUUUAAUUUUUGCACUUUUAAUUCGAAUUAACGUCUAAAGUUCAUGGAACGUGCACAUGUCGUGAGCGAUAGUGUUUUAAUAUAUACAGUGGGUCAUGUAGUUUGAGAAUAAGUGGCGUGACUCGAAUCUGACAUCAUAAGAAGUGGAAGGCUCGAAUUUUUCAAUUCGUCAAAUUACAAUCAUCUAUUGACUGAUCUUUACAAACGGCUGAAUAACUGAUUCAUUUUAUUUUAGGUUUGUGUUAUUCCGUGGCUCUUGUUCCUGAACGCAAUUUAAAACUAAACAAAAACAAACAAACAGAAAGACAAAAACAAAAAAAGCUGAUAACGAUACCUAGUGACUUGUUCACAAUGGGUGGUUCGUAAGGCCUUAUUCCCUACGAAAUUGACAGCACUAAAAGGAAGUUUAGAUAGUCUUGUUAAGUAUCGUCUCCAAACAGCUGUCACAUUGCAGAAAAUUUUAACAUCCCUUGCUUUUGACACUGAUGUAGCUCGGACCCGAAAUAUGAUUUUCACAGGAGCCUAUACUGACAACAGGAGCCUGAUCAUCCUUGUACCCAGGCCUGUUCGCGCUAUCCGAGUGAACAGAGGAGGCUUGGAACCAAGCGCGAUAGCGAAUUUUCCCGACAAGCUUGACAGGUGACGUCACAUCCGAAAUCGCCGAGGACGACUGGGAACGAGGCUGGAGCCUGAUGACAGUAGCCUCCUCAGGGCGAGGGCUCCCGUGUAAAGGGUUAGAGGGUUAGGGAUGCUCACCGAAAACUUGGACUGCUCAGAUCUCUAAAGGAGACCAUUGUAGAACAAACAGCCAAAGGAGAGCUUUUGAAAUGCGCUGAAAGAAACUAAAACUUAAACGUUUUACCCCCUCUCCUUUUCGUCUUCUGCUUUCUUUAGAAUUACGAUAAGCACCCCCCGGGCAGUAGACAAGGGCAGUAAUCGGUCCACCGACUUGUUCUCUGUUUCGUUUCGAAUUGUUUUUGGGGGAGACAUUUUUAAUUUCUUUCUCUUCUGCCAAUUUUCUUAAAGAAUUCGGAAUUGGCAUUGAGAAUUAUGAGAGUAGUAGGUGAACUUGACUCAUUAAAAAGGCGCUCACCUGUAGAAAAUUUCAUACUUCAGAGGCUCUUACUUAAAAAAAAAAUGUUACAUGGUAGUUAGGACUGGCCGGCCAGACAGGUCAUCUUGAAAAUGAAAUACCUUUUUUCCAGAGUUUUUGCAACACUCAACAUUGUUAUGCAUACUAUUUAAGCCCCUUGCAAACGGACACAACAUUGUUCGGAUGAUACAUGUUGCGUCUGUUUGCAAAUCCUGUUGCACGUUGUUGCGCAAAGUUAAGGUCAAACUUUUGAGCCAACGUACAACUCCUAACACAUUUCUUAUUCCGUGAUGGCCGAAGCGUAGCGCAACAAUGUUGGAUCCGUUGCACAGCUCGUCCAAGAUUGUUAGGGCCACACACGCGCAUUUUACACACCUCUGCCAACACGGACGCAAUAACUUCCCACAUUGUUGCGUUUGUUUGCACGUAGCUUUAGAAAUAAAAUAAUCUGGCUGGACAGAUCUGUUCUGGUUUGGCCGGCCAGUUCUUACCAUGGUAAAUGCCCUUACUCGACCUUACACUUUGGCGGCCGAACGAACUUUAUUAUAUUGCCAGAUACAAUCGAGUGGUUCUAGAAUUAUUGCGGACAGUUGGGAGUACAGCAAAUUCUACUCAAUUUAACUGUUCUAUGAGAUAACUCUAGUCGCGAAUUAUGUCAAGCAAUUUAUACCAGUAGCAGAUAGGUAUAAAAUUCAACAACUGUAACCACUUAUAAAAGGACCAAGGUAACUGUUACAGGUUAGUUUAUUAGAUGUUUGCUAUAUUUGAUCUAUUUUAGCGAAAAGGCGAGCCCUACUGUCAUAACCCUUGCUACGCAUCUCAGUUCGGUCCGGGGGGAUUUGGUCAUGGAGGCACAGAGUCACACAAGUAUUAGAGCGUUAUUGUAGGUAUGUAUCAGAAUCCUAUAACGUCGCUGAGCUACUCGACGGUCAACUCUUUCCAAUAUAAUACAACAACAAGCAACAAAGCAUUUAUUUGUUAUUGCAAAUUGUUUAGGUAAAAGAUUUAUAAUAACCGUCACGAAUAUAAAACAAUUCAUGCCCAGUCAAAAUUUAUAUUAUUAGUGUAGUUUGAUGUAGUGGGUGUAGUUUGACGUAGUUAUUAUAGCAUAGCUUGGUGCAGGUUUGUGCAAUUUGGUGCGUGUUGGUGUAGUUUGAUGCAGGCUAAUGUAGUUUGGAGCAAUUUGGUGCAUCUUGGUUUAGGCUGUUGUAGUUUGAGGUAGGUUGCUGCAGUUUAGUGCAGGUUGGGGCAGUUGGUGAAGGUACAGUUUGGUGUAGUUGGUGCAGUUUGGGGCAGCUUGUUGUAGUUUGGUGUCGGUUGGUGCAGUUUGGUGUAAUUUGGUGCAGGUUUGUGUAGUUUGGUGUAGUUUAGUGCAGGUUGUUGCAGUCUGGUGUUUGGUGCAGUUGGAUGCAUAUGCAGGUUUGUUCAAGUUGGUGUAGUUUGGUGUAAUUUGUGGCAUGUUGGUCCAGUUUAAUACAGUUCGGUAUGGUGUGGUGUAGGUUGGUGCAGUUUGGUGAAUGUUGGUGCAGUUCUGUACAGGUUGGUGCACGUUGAAUGGUAUCAUGAAUUUAUUAUCAGAUUUUGACAAAAAGCAAUGGAAAGACUGUUAGCAAAAGCUAUGUGACGCGGGUAGCGCAAGUAAGUAAAUGUAGCUAAGAUUAUAGCUCACAAAGGCAAGGCGCAGCUUUUUGUUAGUUUAUGAAAACUACACAUUAAAUAGCAGUUCAAGGGUUGACGGCUUGUCCUACUAUUUCUGCAGGUCUUUCAUAGUUACAAGAAGCAAGAACACUAACUCCAUCUGGCGAGAGAGACUAUCAGAAAAAUGUCAUGUUUUUAAAUAAAAUAUCUAAAUGUGGUGUUUUGAGUUAAUCACUGUCAUAUUUUUAUUCAGGUUGUGUGUAUACAUCGAAGAAUUUUUAAAAUAAUUAAACCAAUCAGAAUGCGACUGGUAUCUUUUUGCUUUCUCUGAUGGUUUCUAUUUUCUUACUACAUGAAAUUAACAAAU